AUGGAGAUGAACGAUACGGAAAGAAGCCUCAAUGGCACGGAUUUCAAUCGAACAUUCAUACCGAUUUUCACUGUUGAUACAGAUUACAUCAAACAAUGGAAAUUGAAAAAGCAGCGGGAAAGAUUUUGCCGAUAUGUUUACAACCAAGUCUUGACAGCAGAAUGUACUCAACUGAAUGGAAAUUGGACUGGACUUGAUAACCCUUCCUGGAAUAGAGCAGAUUACCCAGAUUUAUUUCAGGAGUGGUACCCAGUAAAUAGCACCAACUACACGGCAUAUGAAAACUCAACCAUCCUAGCGGACGAAGAAGUCUUACCGCCUUUUGAGCUCUGGCAAACAAUCCUGAUUGCCAUUUGUCUAGCGAUCUGUAUAGUACUGACCAUUGGAGGCAACAUUCUCGUUCUUCUGGCAUUCAUUGUCGACAGGACCAUCAGGCAGCCGAGCAACUACUUUAUCGCCUCUUUAGCUGCUACUGACAUGCUCAUAGGCACCGUUUCCAUGCCAUUUUACACCGUAUACGUUCUCAUGGGAUCAUGGGACCUGGGGCCAUUGCUGUGUGACUUAUGGCUUUCCGUGGAUUACACAGUAUGCUUGGUUUCUCAGUAUACAGUUCUACUUAUAACGAUAGAUCGAUUUUGUUCGGUAAAAAUAGCUGCUCAGUAUCGAAGUUGGCGCACGAAGAAUCGAGUUAUUUGGAUGGUGACCAUUACCUGGAUCAUCCCUGCCUUGCUCUUUUUUAUCAGUAUAUUUGGGUGGGAGCACUUUAUUGGCUACAGGGAUCUGGCACCAAACGAGUGUGUGGUUCAGUUCCUAAAAGAUCCUGUUUUUAAUACUGCACUUAUAAUUGGAUAUUACUGGACAACCCUGAUUGUCCUUUUUAUUCUUUAUGGUGGGAUUUACAAAACUGCCUACGAUAUGCAGAAAAAAAGCGAAGCGAAGCAAAGAAAAAUGCAGUCUAUGGUGGCACUCAGUGCUGGUGCCAUGUCUGGUAUGGCUGGUCGAGCGGCAGGAAUAGGGAUAUCCAAGACUCAAAGUACUCUUCUUAGUCAGGACAAACCAAAAAGUACUGGAGGAGGUACCACCUAUUCUCAAAACUCAACAAACGAUGGAAAUGCAGAAGAUGAUAAGUCAAAGAAACAAGUCGGUUCUGAUGAAUCAUCGUGCAAACAGACGGGUGCAAUGGCUACGGAAACAGAAAAGUCUGAAAGAUCCAGUAGUCCUGCUUUUGAUUCAGAUGAAGAAAGUACAGUCGGACCCACUCAUCAACCCAGCUUCAGAAAGAGAUCAUCCUUAGCUGGACUUGUUGCUCAUUCUGGUGCUCUCCAAGUAUUUACCACCAAUGGUAGGCUCAAUGGGAUUCUCCCUAUUAAAGUUGAAAUGAAUGUUCCGAUUAAAAAGGUAUCGCCAACUAGUCCUAUGCAGGAGGCUGUCCAGAAAGCACAAACACUUCCCAAGAUCCAAGAGCUCAGUCUUCUGGACACCGAUAAUCCCGUCGAACCUGACAAGUCUAGCAGUCGUACAUUAACUCCGGAGCAAUCUUUAAGAUCAAAUGAUCUUCCCGUCUCACCCCAUUCUGUGGAGGAGACACCUACAGCUCAAACCAAGCAUGGAACAAACUCCUCUAACAUUAUUCCUCCACCAUCGCAGUUCCGAGGUAGUCCAAACAUUUCGGAAACCACAUCAUCAUCAUCUUCCUUAACGGACAGACAAAAAUCUUUAACAGUUUCUAUACAUGGUCAGGUGACAUACGACAUCCUAACAGGUUUGGAUGGAGCGGAUUUGCGUUACAUGGACGAAAGUUCAGUGAUUGUACCUAGUCCUUCUUACGAAAGUCCUCCUUCCUCAUUUUCAUGCAGUCUUGCCAAUCCCUUAUCCACAGCUCCAUCAUCGCCGAUUCUCAACAAUGCAGCUGGAACAUCAGUUGCGAAUAACAGUCUUCUUCAGGCAGCUUUAAUCAGAGCGACAGCUCAACAAGCAGGUGGUGCACAAUCGGCGACAAUGACUCAAUGUAACUUAACAUCAAAUGCUGCUUGUCAAACCAUUCCACCUCGGGUUUUUGUCACUCAUCAGGUAAACGCUGCUUCCCAGACAUCACCUGUUGUCAGUAAAGUUCAGACGGAAGUGACUGUGAAGGCAGAAGAUUCAAAACCACAACCUGUAACAACAGUCAUUUGUGCCACGCCAGUGGAAUCUUCCAAUAGUACAACCGACAGAUUUUCAGACCAGCUGACCAAGCCAAACAUCCCUCUACAAAAUUCAUCUUCGAGUAGUAUGGUGCCAACGAUUUCCGGAACCACAAGUGGACAAGAGGGAAAAAGGAAAUCAAAGAAAUCUAAGGAUAAUGACGACGGCGAAGAGAGUUCCAAGAAGGAUUUUGUCAAAAGUAUUGGAAAAAGGAUAAAAACAAAGACGCAGAAGAGAGAUCCUGCAAUGGGACGGCAGAAAUCGAGGACAGAAAAUAGGGCGCGGAAGGCCUUCAGAACUAUAUCCUUUAUCCUUGGAGCAUUCGUCGCCUGUUGGACACCUUAUCACGUAUUGGCGUUGGUCGAAGGAUUUUGCUCCGUACCUCCAUGUACUAACAAGCACGUCUUUAUGUUUGCCUAUUUCCUCUGUUACGCAAACAGUCCCAUGAAUCCAUUCUGCUACGCUUUAGCUAAUCAACAGUUCAAAAAAACAUUUACCAGAAUUUUAAAAGGAGACUUGCACAUGACGUAAGGUUGUACCUCAAUCAAGAAACAAAAUAGAUGAAUCUUUGUGAAAACAAAAACUGCUUCUUACCGUAAUUUAAAAAGACGAACCAAUCACUUCGCCACGUAGAAGCUGUGUAUAUAUAGAAAUAUUAUCGCGAAGAAAAAUAAUGUAAUAGAAUAUUUUUAAGUGCGGAUAGAAUUU